AGGAGAAAAACAGCAAAGCCACCGAGAAAGGAAGAAACGGCAGAGACUUUACUUCAACUUAGCCUGGCUAAAUAAUUACCUGUUCAUAUAAACGUUAUAAAGGAAGAGAGAAGCGUUAUAACGUCUGGUUCACACGCAUUACCCGCUAACAUACCAGUCCUCACUGAAAGCGCUGUAUAAUAAACAGUUUUAUACAUAUUAGCUAGUUAGCUAAGUUAGCGAGAUAGCAUAGAAGUUAGCGUUUUAGCUAACACAGCAUUCCUGUCUGCCUGACUAAAGUCGUUUAAAAUUCGUCAAAGAAAAUACAAGAAAUCUGGAUUUUACUCUGAAGACCCGAGAAAUGACGAGGUGAGCUAUGUUGUGAUUAGCAUUUCCCAGUCACAUGGAAGGAUAGUAACUGUUGGCUAUCACCUCCCAUGCCGUGGAAACAUCAGGAUGAAGAAGACGUUUAGCCUUAAGACGUUCCGAAAGUCGUUCAACAUCAAGGGCAAAGAGGAUGGAGAUUUUGUGAUGCUCCAGAAGCCGUCAUUGGCCCCCGAGUUCACAAAAGACGACUCUCUUUUUGGGAGUUGUUAUGCCAAAGACCUAGCUUGUGACCUCCAUGGUGAGGACGCGAGGGCCCACAAGAACCGAUCCAAGAGUGAAAGCCUUAUGGGGACCUUAAAAAGGAGACUUUCUUCCAAACAGAAACCUAAAAGUAAAGGAGGGUCAGCCUCCGUGGGCUUGGGAGAUGAUGACGAUACUUUCUCGUCCUCUUCAGUCCCCAUAAGCUUUAAUGAAGCCAAAGCCCAGCGCCCUUUAAGAUCAGCUUCCCUGCGGAGUCAUCACUACAGCCCUUCCCCUUGGCCCAUAAGAGCCGUUGACCCUGAGGAAGCCUGCAUUAAGAUGGAGGUGAAGGUAAAAGCCACGGUUCACACACCUAGCUCCAGUCCGUCCUUUAACGGUGUCAGAAAAGAAUUCCAUGACAUCCAAAUGGAGGGACUUUUUGAUGAUCGAAGCGGAUCUAUGAAGAAUUUAGAGCCUCCAAACAGUGACUUGCAUUUAAACAUGGAAGAGCACGUGCCUGUAGUUAUUGGACUGACACCUCAGGACUACAUCCAGUACACAAUGCCUUUAGAUGAGGGAAUGUACCCCGAAUCAUCCCACUCGUUGUGCUUGGAUGGCACCUCACCAAUCGAGGUGAUGGAACAAGUCAAUGACGAAUCAUUGAAUGUGGAUCAAGGCCACGUUGACCAUGAUCUUUUAACAUCGGAUAUUCUCAUGGAUCAAUCCAUGAACGGGAUUGUACUCGGUACUCCGGGAAUAGGCCUUCAAAAUUCAGGAUCCGAGGCUCCUUCACUUUCACCUUCGCUUUCUCCUGUUUCUGCUGGUGAAAUUCCAAGAACCUAUUCUGGGUUUGGUGGUGCCGAUUCACACGUUGCCGAAAGAGUGAGGCAUCAUCUCAAUUUCGACCCAAACUUUGCUCCGGGUGUCAGCAGGGUAUACGAUUCAGUACAAAGCAGUGGACCAAUGGUUGUCACAAGCCUUACAGAAGAGUUGAAGAAAUUGGCGAAACAGGGUUGGUACUGGGGACCUAUAACGCGAUGGGAAGCUGAGGACAAACUCGUCGACCUUCCGGAUGGUUCUUUUUUGGUGCGCGAUAGCUCAGACGACCGUUAUCUUCUCAGUUUGAGCUUUCGAUCACAAGGCAAGACUCUUCACACCCGGAUCGAACACUCGAACGGAAGGUUCAGCUUUUACGAACAGCCUGAUGUCGAAGGUCACACAUCCAUCGUUGACCUCAUCGAACACUCCAUUAAGGACUCUGAAAACGGCGCGUUUUGUUACUCCAGAUCGCGCCAGCCAGGGUCUGCGACGUACCCGGUUCGAUUAACCAAUCCCGUAUCUCGUUUCAUGCAAGUGCGUUCGCUGCAGUACUUGUGCCGAUUCGUUAUUCGACAAUACACACGGAUUGACCUGAUUCAGAAACUACCUUUACCAAACAAAAUGAAAGAUUACUUGCAGGAAAAGCACUACUGAACUGGGAUACAGUAGUCAAAUUGCACUUUUGGAUCAAGUUGAUGUUAAAUGGUUUACAGACAUUUUGUGGAGUUCAAGUGAUCCGUUAGGUUUGUUUUGUAUCAAAAGCAUUAGUUUAUCUCAUAUUGGUCAAUUUGUUGUUGCUCAGAUUCAUUAUAAAGGUACACUUUGAUUUUGGAUCUGUUUUUUUGGGGAACCUGACAGAAGAAUUCCAGUUAAAAAUGUGUGAUGAACAAUAGUCACUACUUCCCUUCUGAGUGCUUGAAAUGAAUAGUUUUGAUUUACGCUGCUGUUAUAACAUACAUAACUAACAUUUCAGAUAGUUUAGUCCAUUAAAGGAAAAGUCCACCCUGAAACUCUAGCAAUUCUGGUGCAAAUUAUUUGAUUGAUGUUGUAUUUUCAUCAUGUUUGUUCAUUAAUAGUGCAGUUACAAUGGUGUUUAAUAGGACCCCCCCCCCCAAAAAAAAAAAACAACAACCCUGAUCUCAACUAUAAGGGAUAACAGUCAGGAUUUGCUGUUUGCACCCCAAAAAAUGAACACGUGACGUUUAAAAAUGAAGCAGAAUCAGCUCAGUUAGUUAGCAAUCUAGGAUGUGAUAAGCACGACGACACUGACAGUAGUAAUAGCAUGAAAAGUGAAGUUUUGGAAGAUGAUCCAUUUGAGCAGAGUGUACACAUGAGGAAGUGAGAGAGCUGGACAGACUAAAGGACUAAAGCACUGCUGCAUCGCUUUCUUUAGGUAGAGAUGAUACUACCACUGUCAGCAGGUAGUCAAACAGCAUUGUGGGUGAUGUAUGAAACUUAGCCAAAGUGAAAAUAGACCAGUCAAAGACAUUUAAAAUAAAUAAAUAAACUCAGAAUUUUAUUCCAAAAUAAAUUUCAGACAUCACUGAACAUGAUGUUGCUUAUAAAAAUGAACAUGGGUGCCGUUCAGGGUGGAUUCUUCCACCUGUAAGUGUCGGUGAUGGUGAUAAAGUCAAAAUAAGCUCAAGGAUCUGGAAAUGCUUAGAAUAUUGUCAGAAUAUUAACCAGGCUUAGACAUCUGUGCUUAAUUAUUUAAUUGGCAUUCAUAUCACAUUAUGCAUAGCAGUGCAGGGGCAAGAGGAUUGAUUAAUGCAUUAAGAGAUACAGUACUGUGUAAAAGUCUUAGGCACAUGUAAAGAAAGGCUGUAGACCAAAAAUAGCUCAGAAAUAAGGAAAUCUUUCAACAUUAAACAAAUACUAUAAACAGCAGUAAGCCAUAAUAAAUGAAACAAAGUCAAUAUUUGGUGUGAGACGACACUUUGCUAAAAAACAAUAGUAGUUUCAGGUACAGUGAGUGCAGUUUGAUAAGGAAAUGAGCUGUAGGUUUUACUGAGCAUCUUACAGAACCAGCCACAGUUCUUCUGGACUCUUUGACCGUCACACUCGCUUCUUCAUUUUGCACCAAAACCCAGCAGCCUUCAUUAUGGUUUCUUUAUUAAUCUGAAAAGUGGGCUCUUAUGUAAUAUGCUGCUCGGAUACAAACUUUUUUUUUCCUGUAACAUUUAAUCUUGUGCUGAAAAAUGAACAUUUGGACUCUAAAAUGCUUUUGUACUGACUCGAUAAUGUAGAAGUUAUAAAAUAGAAAUCUAUAACAAAGUCUGUAUGAAAAAAAAUAGGGUGCCAAGACUUUUGAACAGUACGGUAUAUCAGUCUGCUCUAAUUAAAACAGGUCUCAGUGAUGCUCAGCUUUAUAUUUUAAUGUACUUAAUGUGAUUGUGUAAAAUCUCUUCUCUAAUUUCACAUGAAAAAACAAUUUUGAAAUUGAUGUUGGUGCUUUCAUUUUGAUGAACAGAGCAGGCUAAUUCAAUCGCAGUCAAGUCAAGUUUAUUUGUAUAGCGCUUACUAACAAUAAACAUUGUCGCAAAGCAGCUUUACAGAAUUUGAAUGACUUUAAACACGAGCCAAUUUUAUCCCCAAUGAGCAAGCCUGUGGCGACGGUGGCAAGGAAAAACUCCCUCAGACGACAUGAGGAAGAAACCUCGAGAGGAACCAGACUCAAAAGGGAACCCAUCCUCAUUUGGGCGACAACAGACAACAUGACUAUAACAUUAACAGUUUUAACAUGAAGUCAGUUUUGUUGAUGUAGUCGUAGUCCAAAUGUAAUAACAUGGAUUCAAUCAGAGGUUGACGAAAAGCUUUUAUUUAAAAUGUAGAUUUCGUACUGAAAUGCGAUUUAACCAAAAAGGGGCUUCCCUUAUAGGUGUUGGAUGACAUUGUGUGUGAAUACGAUAUGUUCCUUGCUCCUGCCUAAAUAGGUCACAACCUACAAAAUGGUUUCUUGUAGAAUAGGAAUGAGCGUGGUGCAUUUUGUCAUCAAAAGCAUACGAUCCAUCUUUAUCGAACUGAAGUAAACUUUUUAGUUGAUCAUACUUUUAAAUUCACUUUUACAUUAUUAUCCAGUUUAUUAGUCAAAUCCAAGACCAGAUGGCUCAAACCCAUCAUCUCAAUUUGUGUUUACCCUGUUCAGGACGAACAAUAAUUAAGCCAAUAAUAAUAAUAAUAAUAAUAAUAAUAAUGCAUCUUCACUGGCAGCUAUGGAUAAACAAUUGUAAAUGGCUGAAUUUAGUAUUUGAUUUCGUUACCUCUGAUUAUUUGCGUAGAAACAAGACUGCACCUUUUGCUCAGGUUCCUUGAUGAGCACAUUCAUAUGAUUUCCCAAAUCUCUGCAACAACAAAUGAACAUUUUAUACCACUGCAAAUGCACAUUUGUAUUAGGCAUGCGCCGAUAAUCAGUUAUAUAACAUAGCAAGAUAUUUUCAGCGAAUUCAUUUCUCCGACCAUGGAGACAAACUAUCAUACUAAAGACUAAACGUGUGCUCCAUUCAGGUACCGUACAGGCUGCCUAUGGAGUCAGCAUAAAGUUUUAGACUAAUUUGAAGGCAAUCAUAUAGUUCUGUUAAUGCAAUUUGAGAAAAUGAUGGCAGGCAGAACUGUAGCUCUGCCUUUAUCUUGAAAAUCAUUCAGUCAUUCAAUUAUUAUGAUUGAAAAAUGCAAUAUCGGCACAUGCCUUAACAAAUAUUUUGUCACGUAUCCAACAUGCAGGUCAAACAAACAUGCCAAGGAUCUCGUAGUGUUCAAAGGGAACUGAUGAAGAAUGCUGUUUUUUUGUGUUCCUAUGUGUGAUUUGUGCUUCCUACAGUAUUUCAUCAAAUUGUUUUAUCGCGAUCAUUGUUGUAUUUUUUUUCCCCCAAAAUGUAUCGACUUAAUAUAAAGAGCAGUUUCUGAAUAGUAAUUGAUGGAUGAAUUACUUUUGUUGGGAGAAAUGAUUGUGAAACCUGGGUGAGUGACGAUAUUCAUGAGCACAGCUUUAUAAAGAUGUGUUACUUCAUUUGCAAAUAAAGUCAGUGACUGAA